UUAAGAUCCUGGCGUCUCAAUACGGGCUCUGAUGAAGAAGCCAGCCUAGAGAGGGGAUCACUCCUAAUAAUAAUAAUAAUAGUGAUAGUAAGAGGGGGAGCCCGUGACCCGGCAGUCACACUGCCCUAUGCAGACACGGUUGCCGCGUGCAGCUCACACGGUCGCGGAGGAGGGAGGUUCCCUGUCGGCCGCCGUAGCCCGGGCGUUGUGUGAGGCAGCAGGCCGCAGAGCCCAGUCACCCCCCGGCCCCGCUGUUACCGACCAAUGAGCGAGGCGGCGGGAGCUGGAGACUAACUCCCGGGUGGCCGCCAUUGCUCGGGGUUCUCCCGGCUCCGUGACGGUUAUCGAGCAGCCAUUAUCCGGCAGCCCCCCUUCCUCUCAGUGAAGGCCCGGGGAGCAGCUGUCCGUCCCGCACUCCCCCCCCUCACAGCGCCGACAUUGGGCGAAUAGCGAGCAAAUACGUCCGGGUAUCCCUGCCGCCGCCCCCGUCAGCCCCUCUCCCAGCAAACCCCCAGCAGCCGGCGGGGAAGGAGCAGGCUGCCGCCGCUGCGCAGGCCGUGUCCAGGCCGUUCUCCGCCCCGUUCCCGCUGGGCCCGCAGCCCAAGGCGGCGCAGCGAGCAGGACUGACGGAGACCGAACACAGCGGUAUGAACCACCAUCACCACUCACAGCAGCAGAAACCUGGGGAGCAGCAGCUCAGCGAGCCCGAGGACAUGGAGAUGGAAGCUGGAGACCCAGAUGACCCCCCAAGAGUCACUCCAAACCCUGUCAUUAAUGGUAACGUUUCUAUGGCAGAUGGUCAUAACAAUACAGAAGAGGAUAUGGAAGAUGAUACUAGCUGGCGGUCAGAAGCUACGUUUCAGUUUACAGUGGAACGCUUUAGCCGACUGAGUGAAUCUGUGCUAAGUCCUCCCUGCUUUGUACGAAAUUUACCAUGGAAAAUUAUGGUAAUGCCAAGGUUUUAUCCGGAUAGGCCACACCAGAAAAGUGUGGGAUUCUUCCUUCAAUGCAAUGCAGAAUCAGAUUCAACGUCAUGGUCCUGUCAUGCGCAGGCAGUGCUGAAGAUAAUAAAUUACAAGGAUGAUGACAAAUCAUUUAGCCGUCGAAUUAGUCACUUGUUCUUUCACAAGGAGAACGAUUGGGGUUUUUCCAACUUCAUGGCAUGGAGUGAAGUUACAGAUCCAGAGAAAUGCUUUAUAGAGGAUGACAAAGUGACAUUUGAAGUUUAUGUGCAGGCUGAUGCUCCUCAUGGUGUAGCCUGGGAUUCAAAGAAACAUACUGGCUAUGUUGGUCUGAAGAACCAAGGAGCAACCUGUUACAUGAACAGUUUAUUACAAACAUUAUUCUUUACAAAUCAACUUCGAAAGGCUGUUUAUAUGAUGCCUACAGAAGGUGAUGACUCCUCUAAGAGUGUUCCAUUAGCGCUACAGCGUGUAUUUUAUGAACUGCAACACAGCGACAAACCAGUUGGAACUAAAAAGCUAACUAAAUCUUUUGGGUGGGAAACACUCGACAGCUUUAUGCAACAUGAUGUCCAGGAAUUAUGUAGAGUGUUACUUGAUAAUGUGGAAAAUAAAAUGAAAGGAACAUGCGUAGAAGGAACCAUACCAAAAUUAUUCAGAGGAAAGAUGGUGUCAUAUAUACAAUGCAAACAUGUGGACUACCGCUCUGAAAGAAUAGAGGAUUACUAUGACAUUCAAUUAAGUAUAAAAGGGAAAAAAAACAUAUUUGAGUCUUUCAUUGACUAUGUGGCAGUGGAGCAGCUAGAUGGCGAUAACAAAUAUGAUGCAGGGGAACACGGUUUGCAGGAAGCUGAAAAAGGUGUGAAAUUUCUAACUUUACCACCGGUGUUACAUCUUCAACUAAUGAGAUUCAUGUAUGACCCUCAGACUGACCAAAAUAUCAAGAUCAACGACAGGUUUGAGUUUCCAGAACAGUUGCCACUUGACGAAUUUCUGCAAAAACCAGAUGCCAAGGAUCCAGCAAACUAUAUUUUACAUGCUGUAUUGGUUCACAGCGGUGACAACCAUGGAGGGCACUACGUAGUUUAUUUGAAUCCUAAAGGAGAAGGCAAAAUUACUACUGGAGGAAUUUACAGUGACGUAUGUGAUCAGGAUGAUAAAGGCAAUGGAAAGUGGUGUAAAUUUGAUGACGACGUAGUCUCAAGAUGUACAAAAGAAGAAGCAAUUGAGCAUAAUUAUGGAGGACAUGAUGACGACUUGUCUGUUCGACACUGCACUAAUGCAUAUAUGUUGGUUUACAUAAGAGAAUCCAAGCUUAGUGAGGUUUUACAAGCUGUAACAGAUCAUGAUAUCCCCCAUCAGCUUGUUGAGAGGCUUCAAGAAGAAAAAAGAAUAGAAGCUCAGAAGAGAAAGGAGAGACAGGAAGCCCAUCUGUAUAUGCAAGUACAGAUUGUUGCGGAGGACCAGUUUUGCGGCCACCAAGGCAAUGACAUGUAUGAUGAGGAGAGGGUGAAAUACACUGUGUUCAAAGUAUUAAAAAAUUCUCCUCUGGCAGAGUUUGUCCUAAAUCUUUCACAGACUAUGGGCUUUCCACAGGAUCAGAUCCGGCUAUGGCCUAUGCAAGCUAGAAGUAAUGGAACGAAAAGACCAGCGAUGUUGGAUUAUGAAGCAGAUUGCAGCAAAACUAUGAUUGAACUCAGUGACAAUGAAAAUCCUUGGACAAUAUUUUUGGAAACUGUUGAUCCAGAAAUGGCUGCUAGUGGUGCAACACUUCCCAAGUUUGACAAAGAUCAUGAUGUCAUGUUGUUUCUGAAAAUGUAUGAUCCAAAGAGUCGAAGUUUGAACUAUUGCGGGCAUAUAUACACACCUAUUUCCUGUAAAAUACGUGAUCUUCUACCAGUUAUGUGUGAAAGAGCUGGAUUUCCUCAAGGAACUGAUCUUAUCCUCUAUGAGGAAGUAAAACCCAAUUUAACAGAGAGAAUUCAAGAUUAUGAUGUGUCGCUUGAUAAAGCGUUGGAUGAGCUUAUGGAUGGUGAUAUUAUAGUGUUUCAAAAAGAUGAUCAGGAGAAUGAUAACAGUGAAUUGCCUACUGCAAAAGAGUACUUCCGAGACCUUUACCACCGUGUAGAUGUAAUAUUUUGUGACAAAACAAUUCCAAAUGAUCCUGGAUUUGUUGUUACAUUGUCCAAUAGAAUGAACUACUCACACGUUGCAAAAACUGUUGCACAGCGACUAAACACUGAUCCAAUGCUUCUACAAUUUUUCAAAUCACAAGGUUACAGAGAUGGUCCAGGAAAUCCACUUAGGCAUAAUUACGAAGGGACAUUAAGAGACCUUCUACAGUUUUUCAAGCCAAGGCAACCCAAGAAACUAUACUAUCAACAGCUUAAAAUGAAAAUCACAGACUUUGAAAACAGAAGAAGUUUCAAAUGUAUAUGGUUAAAUAGUCAAUUUAGAGAAGAGGAAAUAACACUAUAUCCAGAUAAACAUGGUUGUGUACGAGAUCUUUUAGAAGAAUGUAAAAGAAAUGUUGAACUCUCUGAGAAGGGAUCCGGUAAACUGAGAUUACUAGAAAUUGUAAGCUACAAAAUAAUUGGUGCUCACCAGGAGGAAGAACUAUUGGAAUGCUUAUCCCCUGCAACAAGUCGAACAUUUCGGAUAGAGGAAAUACCUUUGGACCAGGUAGAGAUAGACAAAGAAAAUGAGAUGUUGAUUUCUGUGGCACAUUUUCACAAAGAGGUGUUUGGCACAUUUGGAGUUCCAUUUUUGCUAAGGAUACAACAGGGGGAACCCUUCAGAGAAGUAAUGAAGAGGAUCCAAGCUAUGUUGGAGAUACAGGAAAAGGAGUUUGAAAAGUUCAAAUUUGCCAUUGUAAUGAUGGGGCGUCACCAGUAUAUAAAUGAAGAGGAUUAUGAAGUCAGCUUGAAAGACUUUGAGCCACAGCCUGGCAAUAUGUCCCACCCUAGGCCUUGGCUGGGCCUUGAUCACUUCAAUAAAGCCCCAAAGAGAAGUCGCUACACUUACCUUGAGAAAGCAAUUAAAAUCCAUAACUGACUCAACUUACCAAGUAUCCAAGGCAAGAGACAAAUAACUGUGUGCACCUUUUUAACAACGCUAAAACUUUGGUACAAGUGCACUAUAUCUGAUAUCUACAGCAAGAGGAUUUGCUGCUGAUGUUAAUUUUAUUUUGUUGAGGCUGUUCCGUUUGGCUUCUCUGUAUCUAUUGACUGCUGUUUGAAGAAAAUGAACAUGUUUUUAUACAGCUUGAAUGUCACUUAAAGGGGGUUUGUGAUAAAAGUAAAGCAUGGCCCGAGCCUGGAAAGUAAGGGAGGAAGUAGAGCAAAUGUCCACAGUUUGUGCAUUCAAGAUUUUGUAUGAAGCAUAAAGGUUGCUGUCUGCCUGCCAACCCACAUGUUUUGCAAUCAUUGCAGCAAAUAAUGUUUUAUGUUUACUCUCACAACAGGUUUCCUCUUCUUCAAAUCACAAAGUUGUGCAUUUGUAAAAUUGAAAAACAUCACUUCAGUAAAUGGCAAUCUCAAGUUGUGUACAUUGUUGGCACCUUUUUGGAAAGAAAAAAAAAGUUUAAUGCCAUUGCACAAUCUCUUCAUACUGUGUCUUUCUUCUUUGUUAUUAAACCAGUUAUUAGCAAACUGUCCCAGAAGCAAAAUACUGAGUUUUACGUGCAAAUAAGUUAGACACUCAAGUUGACAGAAUAUAUAUAUAUAUAUAUAUGCUGCACAUUUGUGUGUAUAUAGUUGUUAAUGAUUGGGGCAAAAAAAAAAUGCUGUUGACAGCCUUUGAGAACAGAGGGCAUGCUCACUUGUCUUUAGUAGGAUAACUUUGUACAAAAACUACAGACCUAAAGUACAAAUGUAUAUUUAAUGAAAAUGUACAAAUGAACACACAGAUUCAUAUUGUUGGGUGGUUAUAAAAGUAUUUCACUGAUGUUGAUAUUCAUGGUGUGUAGUUUUAUUUCCUUUUCACAUGUCCCUCUGUUUCUCUUUAAUUUAAUAUUUGUUUAAAGGCAGCAGCUUUGUAUAGUUUAAGUGCAGUUAAUAGAUUACAGCCGUUCAACUUAAUUUUACAUUAUUUCAGUCUUUUAUGAGUUUCCUUCUUCCUGUAGCAGCACUGUACAUCUCUACCUGUAUAUUGCCUUUUUGCUGGAAAAUGUUGUCUUGAAUAAAGUUUUCUAUAAAAGUGCAA